AUGUCCCGCCUCCUCCGCCUCCGCCCCCUCCUUACCAUCCAACCGCCAUCCGCCCGCCUCUCCUCCUCCUUCACCCGCGGCCCGGCGCCCCCGCGCCUCCCAGCCGACCAACAAGCCGAGUUCGAGCGCCUCCAGCGCCAGGCCUCCGUCUCCAGCGCCUUCCAGCACCUCGUCGACGACGCCCCGGCCGCCGCCGCCGCCGCCGACUCCGCCUCCCCCUCCACCGACCCCGUCGCCUCGGCGCAGGUCAACACCGUUGUCGCCGACUCCCAGGCCGCGCCCCAGGCCCCGACCCCCACCGUCGCCGCCACCGAGGAGGACACGAUGCACCCCAACUACGUCCGCGGCGCGCCGCCCGAGUUCGAGGGCGACGUCAACCCGCGCACCGGCGAGGUCGGCGGGCCCAAGAGGGAGCCGCUGCGCUGGGGCGCCGGAGGGGACUGGAGCUACAACGGCCGCGUGACGGACUUUUAG